UGCUUUAGGCAAUCUAGGAUUUUCGCAUGUUUGCCCGACGAUGGGAACCUGGGAUUGGAGAGGCGUUUUAGGCUGGAGAAUAUACGGAUUAUGGAGAUACAAUGAGGAGAUUUGGCUGGAAUUCUCAAGAGAUUGAAGCAAUUUUAGGAAAGAAGAUCUUUGGGGUGUUUGGGUAUUAUGGAUCUACAGAGGAGCGUAUCGCGAUGGCAAUCAUCAUUAACAAGAAAUCGAAGGAAUAUCAAGGGUCAGUUACUGGGUAUCAAUGGGAAAUGAGGAACGGCGAGCGUACUCGCAAAAGGCUUAAGAUUAUUGUAGCUCACUUUGACAACUCGGCGCUAAUCAAAACCUAUUCCAAAAUCUUGAUUGGAAGAUGCAUGAACCCCGAGGAGCAAGAUAUGAAGGCAUUGCUCACAAACCUUCUGAAGAUUUGGAAACUGGAGGAACGGAUCAUUGGUAGUGAUUUGGGACUUGGCAAAUUUCAAUUUGACUUUGAGAAGGAGGAGGAAAUUGAUGCGGUCCUGAGAUUGCAACAUUUCUACUUUGACUGUUGGAUGCUCUCUUUGGCAAGAUGGCAACCUAAGAAGUUACAGCUCUAUCCGUCGGAGAUCACUUUCUGAGUAAGAGUGCUUGGAGUUACAUUGGAGUUUAGGAAGGGUCCUACAUUCGAUAGUAGUAGUGACGCUAUUGGGAGGACGGUCACAGUAGACGUGGACCAUUCUCGGGUUCAAGUGGUUGUGGAUGCCUUUAAGGAGUUGUGCUUCGAAACCACAGUGGACUUCAAAGGUGGGGAGUUCUAUGAUGGUAAGGAAGUAAUGAUUUCAUUACGAUAUGAAAAGUUAUUUGGCUACUUUCCGCUUUCCUCUAGUCUCUGCCAUAAGGAGGAAAGAUGCCCACUAGGCAAGAAGGCCACACAGAAGAAUUCAGAGAGGAAGCGAGGAAUUAGGGAGAAUAAUGGUGGAUGGUAUGAUGGGGGAAACUAUGAUGAUCGAGCCAGGAGUUACAAAGGUUUGGUCAUUAACGGUGAUGGGAGGCAAUAGACGAGAGAAGGAGAGGGUCGAGAAUACUACGGGAAGGGUAAAGGUAAGAUGGUUGAGGACACUGAUUCUCAAUGGGUAAAGGUGGCAGAGAGAGGAAGUAAGAGAUCGGUUGCACACAGGAGAAAGUAUAGAGGAGAUAGUGAUGUUUCGCGCCAAAUGGUUAAUCGCAGAGAGGGAGAACGUUUUGGUGAUCAGGAAGGGCCUGAGAGAUCCGUUCCUGGAUUGAUUCGAGAUCAAAACUCCCUGAGUGACUUACGAGUGGAAGCUAAAGAGGAGGGGGAGAUCUCGACUGCAGGGGAGAGUCUUUUGCCACUUCCUUCACAAGAAUUUCAAGAACAACUAACCAGAACUCAGGCGACUGGAUCAGAAGUGAUCUCGGAUCCUUUAGAUACGGGGAGCAUUGCUGUAAGUAACAAGAUGAGGGCAGCCAAUGCACUCGUCUUCCCUCGUAAGUGUGCUGCAGCAAAGAUAAGCAAACGCCAUGGAGAUAACAACAAACCACCGGAGAGUAAGGGCACUUCAAACCUUAUGUCGGGCCAUCAAUAAGCUUGAUUUAUGGAUCAAGUUUUCAUAGUAGUGAGUUCAACCAAGCAGGAGUUGGGUCCUGGUUUGGAGCUUUUAUUUAUUUCAAUAAGCUCAGUGAGCAUAAGUUCUUUAUUUUGGGUAAAGUUUUAUCGGGACGGUUGAAGUUAUGAAGAUUGGGGAAGGAAACGAGCAGUUCCUAGCUUGUAGUUUUCAUGUUUUCAUUGUUAUAAUUAGUCUUAUGAGCAAUCUAGUUUGUUUUCUUGUUGAGGCUUUUAUGUUUUCUGUUUUACUAAAAUUGUUAUGGUUGUUGGCAAGAUCUAAUUAUAAGGUCAUGCAUUGGAAUAAAUUUUACUGUUUUUGCUUUUGGUGCUCGUGUUUUGUGGAAUCGAUAUGUAGUUUCACCGAGGUUGGAUGGAUUAUUCCUCUUUGUG